AUGUACCUGGUCGAUCCCCAAGGCUUAGAUUUUACGCGUAUUGAAAUCCCAAAGGAGCCCCAACACUCAAACCUGGCUGCUCUUGGUUUUACCUUGUGUAGUGGCGUCAUAUGUCUUGGUGAAACCAAGAGCUUCACUGGCGGCCAGUAUGACCUCGUCGCAUUCGACCCCAGAGCCACCGGCAGCACAGUCUUUUCCUGCUUCACCAACCCAUUGGCUAAAGCGCAGCACACCUUCAAUUCCGGGGUCACAAGCACCGCGUCGGAUGUAGCUGAAGGACAGCUCUGGGCUGCGGGCACGGUGUACUCCAACGCUUGUCUUGAGACGCAGGCCAAGAACUCAAGCCUGGUCAAUUCCCCUUUUUACGCACGAGAUUUGAUCAGCGUCGUCGAUGCGCUGGGCGAAGAUGGCAUGCUGCGCUUCUGGGGUCUGUCUUAUGGCACCAUCGUUGCUGCGACGGUCUCAGCCAUGUUCCCGGAGAGGAUUGAUAAAAUGGUGUUUGAUGGCGUGCAGAACCCUCACGAGUACUACUAUGCCCUUGGUGAUUUCGAAGAAUGGACAGACACGGACGACGUCUUUUCGGCCAUCUUCUCCACCUGCCUCGACUUCCCCGAGAACUGUGCCCUGUCCAAGUACAACAUCUCUGGUGCCGAGCUCGAAAAGAAGUUCUGGGAUUUUCUCGAGACGAUCAAAUACGACCCUCUCGUUCUGGGACCCGCCACAGUCGACUACUCGACCCUCAAGUUCAUCACUGCCCUCAGCCUCUACGACGCAUCAACCUGGCCGACUUAUACAGCUUUCCUCGAUCUCCUCAUGACGCGAUCCAACGACACACUGGCCGUGCAGACCAUGACGGAAAACGGGUGGCUGACCACCAAAUCCGAAGGCGACGAGGCCAUCUUCCAGAUCCGCUGCGGCGACAGGGUGGCACGAGCUGCCAGUCUCGAAGAGUUCAAGCCUGCGAUAGACAGGCUGACCAACACGAGCCGUGUCUACGGAGAUCUGGUCGUAGCUCUCAAUGCCGCUUGCGCGCAGUGGCAGGUCGGCGCCGCCGAAAGACUCGAUUCCGACUUUCACGUCAAGACGAAGAACCCGGUCUUGUUCGUCGGCAAUACCUGGGACGGACACACGCCGCUCGUGUCGGCGAAGAACGUGAGUUCGACGUUCGACGGGAGCGGUCUCUUGAAGAUUCGCGGCUAUGGUCACGGUUCGCAUGUCCUGCCCUCUUCGUGCUCGCUCAAGGCGAUUUCUGCUUACUGGACUGAUGGUGUUCUGCCGGAGCCUGGGACGGUAUGCCCGGUGGAAGGGGUGCCCUAUUCAGGAAUGACGUGGGCCGAUGUGUAUGCCGAGGUCGCGAGCAACAAAACAGCUCACACUUAG